GGCUUCCGAAUCGCGGGUUUGUAGGAUGUGCCGGUGAAUUAGCGAUGCUCCUGUUCCCGCGGCGGUGUCCAAUCGCACAGUGUGGUGCCGCAGGCAGGCGCUGCCCUGCGCUCCCACCGGGGCUGUCACUCGCAGCUGGCUCAGGAGCACCGAGUGCUGCUGAUGUUCGAGCCUAAAAGCUGAGUGGGCUUACCAUGACUAUGUCAGAACACGCAGGACACUCAGCGGAGAGGUCAUCUACGUCAGACCUCAACGUGGCACUGCGUGAGUGUAUGGCAGCUCUGGAUUUAUUUCUUAACAACAAGUUCUCGGAUGCCUUGGCUUCUCUACAAGCAAAAACUAAAGACAGCAUGUAUCAUGCCCUGACCUAUGCCACCAUCCUGGAGAUGCAAGCUAUGAUGACAUUUGAUCCUCAGGACAUACUGAAUGCAGGGAACACAAUGAAGGAAGCUCAAGCCACCUGUCAAAGAUUUAGGAAGAAAUCUACUGUAGCUGAUUCUAUCAACAACCUUGUGCACAGGCAAAGCCUUGAACACUUCACUGAAGAGGAAAUCCAUGCAGAAAUUUGCUAUGCUGAAUGUUUACUUCAGAGAGCAGCACUCACAUUCCUCCAGGAUGAGAAUAUGGUCAGCUUCAUAAAAGGAGGCAUCAAAGUCCGAAACAGUUACCAAACCUACAGGGAGUUGGACAGUCUGAUACAGUCCCCACAUUAUGUCAAAGGAGAGAACCAUCUGCAUUUUGAGGGAGGUGUAAAACUUGGAGUUGGAGCAUUUAACCUGACAUUGUCCAUGUUUCCUGCACGGAUUCUGAGAUUACUGGAGUUUGUUGGAUUUUCUGGGAAUAAGGAACAUGGUCUGCUGCAGCUUCAAGAGGGAGCAUCAUCAUACAGCUUUAGGUCGGUGCUGUGUACCAUGCUGUUGCUUUGCUAUCAUACUUUCAUGACCUUUGUGUUAGGGACAGGAAAAGGAAAUGUUGAGGAGGCAGAAAAACUACUUAAGCCUUACUUGGCACGCUAUCCAAAGGGAGCCAUAUUCCUGUUUUUUGCAGGCAGGAUAGAAACACUAAAGGGUAAUAUUGAUGCGGCAGUCAAUAGGUACGAGGAAUGCUGUGAAGCUCAGCAGUACUGGAAGCAGUUUCAUCACAUGUGCUACUGGGAGCUGAUGUGGUGCUUCACCUACAAGCGCCAGUGGAAGAUGGCUUUUUUCUAUGCAGACCUGCUGAGCAAGGAAAACACUUGGUCCAAGGCUACUUACAUUUACAUGAAAGCUGCUUAUCUCAGUAUGUUUGGACCAGAUGACUGCAGUCCUUUUGGAGACAGCGAAGUUGAAUUAUUUAGGAUUGUUCCCAGCCUGAAACUGAAAAUUGCAGGGAAAUCUCUGCCCACAGAAAAGUUUGCAAUUCGGAAAGCACGACGGUAUCUUUCUUCAAACCCCAUUCCUUUGCCUGUCCCACCUUUGGAAAUGAUGUAUAUCUGGAAUGGCUACGCUGUAAUUGGAAAAUGUCCCAACUUAACAGAAGGCAUGUUAGAGACUUUAAAUGAAGCAGAAGAAGCAUUGGCAAGAAGUUCAGCUACAGAACUACUGGCAGAUGACCGGUGUGUGAUAAAGCUGUUAAAGGGAUUAUGCUUCAAGCAUUUGGGCAAGAUCUCAGAAGCAGAAGACCACUUUAAUUACAUCUAUUUAAAUGAGAAGAAGAUAAAAUAUGACCAUUACCUAAUUCCAAAUGCCUUGCUGGAGCUGGCAAUACUGUAUCUGGACCAGGAUAGAAGAGAAGAAGCAAUAAAACUUCUGGAAAAAGCAAAACAAAACUACAAGAAUUACUCCAUGGAAACAAGGACACAUUUCAGAAUUCAAGCUGCCCUGCACCAAGCCAAAUCCGCCCCAGAAAAUGGAAUGCACUGUGGAGCCUCGGCAGUGUCGUAACUUUUUCUUCUUUGAUGUUCUGUUUGUUGCAAACUUUGGUGCAGAAAAUGACUGACACUUUAGAAUUAUUUUUCCUUUUCUUUCAAGUCAGUGAAAAACCAAAUAACUUAAAAUUUCAAAGGUGAUGCAUAAAACAUUAAUCUAGUGUAACAACAUGGCAAAAAAUCUCUCAAACCCACCAUAAGCCUGAAAAAUAUUGUUUUUCCAGCAGUGGCUUUUUGACACUUACACACACCUCCAUCUGUGUCAAUUGUGGGCCUUUUUCUUGCAUUUGCAACGUUAUGUUGUAGCUUGCUUAGUGAAAGGGGAACAUUUGAAAAAAAAAAAAAAAACAAACAGCAAAACUUUAAGAUUUCCAGAUUUAAUCUGUUAGUUCUAAAUGUUUGUUUGCAUCCACACUGCUAGCAGCUAAGAAGGAAGCAUUGCUUUUUCCCAGUACCUGCUUAGUUGGAAUGGUGGGAGAAAAUCUCACAGCAGGGAGAAGCUCUGGAUCCUGGGCAUGUCUAGUUGUGCACAGAAAGCUUCUCUUUACCUGAAGAGAAACUAUUCUCUUCACAUUUUUGCUUCUGUAAGAACUCUGCUGGUGAAAAGAUUGGUCUCCCUUAUGCAAGUACCUUGACUUUUUCUUUAGUUUGGUUUUCCUGUCAAGUCUGCUGCUUGUAGCAGCUGAAUUAAUUUGCUGAGGAUUGCAAGGGAAAAGGUGGUGAUGGCAUAAAACUGCAUCACUUCUUCUUUGACAAUGGCAGGUUCUUAGGAAAUGUCUUUUGUCAGAAUGAAUGUGAUCUGAAGCUUAUGUCAAAUUGAAAGCCUUGAAAGUCAUUUAGGAAAUGGCAACAGUGCAGUGGCUGGAGCAAUACAGGAGUUACUGAGACAGUGCUGCCCUUCCUGCAGAGGCUGCUCUUAGGAUUCCCAAGCUGAGAUGUCCCUGCUGCACAAGGCUGAUGUUCACUAUGGGAGGAAGCUGGGGCUGGAGGAGGCUCCCUCAGCACAAAGGACAGCCCUUUAUCUUUCUGCUCUUUAUUGAUCUUUUGGGAGGUUUUCUGUGUUAGGGGCUUUGAGAAUAGAGCAGUGAGCUGGGUCUGCUUUCCAACACUGCCAUGGAAUUCUUGCUUUGCUGGAAAACUGGUGAAGUCAGUGGUACCACAGCUUUGCCUUGUGUUUGCUUUCUCCAGGCUAGCUCCAUGUCUGUAUGCCUCUGGGGUUUUGGGGGCACACUUCUACCUCCCUUUUGAAAGAGCUUCUUCCCCAUUACCCAUUCUGAUGGGUGGAGAUGGGAGGUCUUCUGACAGCCCUUUUUCUCCAAUGGAGAUGUUUGUCAGGAGGAUUCAUAUCUAUGUACCUCACAGUGCAUAUCCUUUCUAAAGUGAUUGUUCCCAGCAGAAGAGAAAAUUGACAGUUUAUAGCUCUGCUUUUGCCUCCUCAAAGGAAAUAAAAUUGUUUUAUAACUGUAGAUUAAUAUGCAAGGAGACAGAACCACCAGUUCCUCAACAUGGAGAACUUACAUUGUCUUAAAAAUAGAUGCCCUUUAUAAAAGUCUUUGCAAGUUAAAAAUCAUAGAUGAAGAAUGCAUUUUUUAAAGUGACUUUCUCAGAUAAAUUCAGUGCUGAUAAAUUCCUCGAUUCAGAUAAAAUUCAGUGUAAACAGUUACGCUAUUUACAUGCUGCACAUCAAAACUUCAGUGUAAAAAUUCAGUCAUUCUUUGUAUAGAAUAAAAAAACUUUCUUGUUCUACUUCAUGCAUAUAACGCCUCUUCUUCCAGUUGUGUCCUUUUCAAAUAUUUUAGCAGCCUUAGCAUCUUUUAAGCAAGUAAUGCCACGUGAAAGUUAGCAUAAAUUGUACUUUGCAGAAAGUGAACAAUCCUUCUGAGUGUAGAUUCAUUCCUCAUCUUUGAAAUUCACCCACAGCUCGGUUUUGCCUGAUCUUAGAUCACAAAAGGAUGUACUGUGUGAUAGUCAGCCAGCUUCCCUGAUGCUUUGCAGCAAUGAAAAUCCCAAGAUUUUCCCAAGGUUUUCAUUUUCCUAAGGUUUUCAGAGUCAUUUCCAAACACCAGCACCAGUCACACUGUGGACCUGAUCUCCAGCUUCAGCUGAGUGUUUGUAGUUCACUGUGAUGCUUCACAAUGACCCCUUGGCUCCCAGUUUGCUCCCAAGCCAUAGCAAAUCAUCACCUUCCUUAUGCAAUGAGGAUUUAUGGGCUGUAAUAAUAUGGAUUCACUUGAGAAGAUGAAUGGGAGGUCCGGUGCAUUGUCACUGUGUAAGUUUUUUGAUGUGUUACAUUUGCAAUUGCCCAACAUCACUCUGCUCACCAGUUCCUUCCUUUUGGUGCUCCUCCAUGGCAGGGAUCCAAACUCCUGGGGUCACUCUGGGCUGGAAGGUCGAUGCUGGGCUGGUUUUUCCAUUGCUCCUCCUGCAGCUGUGUGUGGUGCCUGGAGCAGCUCUGCAGGACAGUAAAUUGCUUCAUCAGACUGGAGUCCCAAAUGCAGUGAAUCAGGGGAAGCACAAAGGUGUGAGCUCUCACCUCAGGGUACCCAGCAGAAAAUAGCAGAUGUUGUCAUUGAAUUGCACAGCAGAGACUGGAGCAUGGCCCAAGAUUCAGGAAAUAGAAGUAUGACUGCAGAUGGGUAUAAUCCACACCUCAACUGCAGAAGGAGCAGUUCCUUCUGCAUUCAGACACUGAACUGUCUGAGCAAUGCUUGAGAAACCCACUCUGGGCACCAGCUGUAGCCAACAACUGCUCUUCCCCAUCCUCAGCAAAACCAGAGAUGUUAUCCAAGGGCAAAAAUUACUAACUCAGACAGCAGAAAAGUUUUCUGCACUUGGUCAGACUUUUAUCAGAAAACCCACAAUCUUUAUUUCUUCUUCUAUGUCUUUUUUUAAACUAGGAAGUGUUUCCCUGCCAGUAACCAGGGAGGGGUAGAAAUUCCUACUCAGUUUCCUGGAUGACUGCAGCAGCAGCCAUGGUGGCCCAUGGGACAAUGCUGUCACCUGAAAGUGGUGCUGGCAAGAAAGGCAAGGCAGUGAAAGGGGUGCCCCUUUAUCAUGAGCUCUGUGAUGUGGAAUCCCUGUGUGCAAGGUCUCUCAGGGAACUGAGAGAGGAGAGGCAGCUCCUGCUGAGGUUGGUCAGGUGCAACUGCAUCAGCUCCCAGCUCCUGUGAGUAACAUGAGAUGAGAUACAAACUGUUGGGUGAAGGAUGUUGGGCUGGAGCUGAACCUGGACACAGCUUUUCUGGAUGGUUAGAAGAGAAUUUGAUAAGUCACAACCAUGAUACUGUGAUCUGGAAACACAUUGAAGAUUGCUCAACUCCACCUGUGUCAUAGGAGCCUGCUGACAGCAGCUCACACAUGCCAUCAGGGAUGGGUGGUGUAGGGACUGUCCCCUUCUGACUGUGUGCCUGGCCUCAGGCUGUUUACACCUCAAAGCUUGGCUUAGGAAACAGCAUUUUAUGAAAUACAGCAGCGUAGAACAGGAUCAUAUCAAACGUUUCCUCCCAUUUCACACUGGUUUUGGCAUUAAAUUCUGCAUUGAGUGCUGUAGUAUUUUUAGUUAUCUGUGGCCUGGGUCCAAGACUAAAAGCUCACUAAAACCUCACAGGCUGACAGCUUGUGUGCCUCUGGCCCAACAAAAGUAUCAAGUAAUGCUUCUCCAUGUGAGACAAAGCUUUCCUACAGGUCAGUCCCAGAAUGCAAAAACCACUCCCAAGAGUUAAAAUACAACACUCAGCCUCCAGUUCCAGCUGCAAGAUGCUUUUCUUUGCCUUCUCAAGCACAAAAACACAGCAGCAAAGCAAAUGUAUAUGAAAUGACCAAAACAAUGCAUUCAACACCAUUCCCCUCUGGGAGGAAGAGGAGAAGAUAAAGAGGUGAGUCAUGUUGUUUACUGCUCUACAGGAAAAUGGGUAAUGGUUGGCAACAUCACUGAUGAAUGAGACUGGGCAACCUGAACAGACUAGAAAAGAACUUGCUUCUUUUCUCAUUAUGUUCUGCAAAUACAUUUUGGUGGCAGGUGAUGUGCAAAGCGUGUACCAGCAAGUGUUUUAAUUGAAUAAUUUGUCAUCAUAGAAUAUUUUUUAAAGAUGCUAUCUAGGUUUGCUUCAGGUGUUUAAAAAAAAAUCAAAGUACUUUCUUUUAAGGACAUGCCCAGUCAAUCCCUGUCUCCAAGAUUUAUGAAUAGCAGCAGGGUUAAUAAAUACCUGCAUUGCACUGUGGUAAAGUUCUGCGUAGUGUUUGCUCAAAUUCAGUCACGUCUCUGUAGAACUGGGCUUCCAUUAUCUUCUGUGGUUCAUUUAAACCUCAGGACCUACUUAUUUUCAUUGCUGGCUAAGCAUAGGCAAAAUGUUUUUUUAGAAUUAUGCAUUGCAGGGAAAUCUACUUGCUUUUUCUCUCUCCUUGGCUAUUUUACAGGAAGAAUACAAAACAGAGCAGUUAUAACCCCCUGCAUGCUCUUUUUAUGGGCUGAUUCAAUUUUAAAAAAGUGAAAGAAAAGUUUAUCUUGUGCUACCAAAGUAGAGGAACAGCACUUACUUUCAGGCCUGUGGCCUAAAAGCAAUGUAGUGAUGUGGAGGAAAGAGAAGCUGGGCAGAAGCUGCAAUACUCUGGACAGGUUUCCUCUUCCUGUUCCUUUCAUCCUGCAGUGCACAGGGUGUAAAGGUAAGAACAACAGCCUUGGUGCUGGAGCUGUGUGGGAUGUUUGUCUGCAGUGCUGCAGUCCCAGGGCCAUGCUUGGUGUCAGCUGUGUCACAGGGGCAGUCCCAGGAGGAGCUGGUGCUCUGUGAAUGUGGUGCUUUCCCUGGUGAUGCCUGCAGCUGCCUCUGCCCUGCAGAUGAGGCACAGGAACUCUCAGUGGAGUUCUGUAAAUCAUUCUGGGGAGUGAAGCAAGGCUAACUCAUCUUCAUCAGGGUACAGCAGCCAGCACUGCUCUCACCAGCCCUAAGGUUGUGCAGCUGCAGAGGUUUUUAGAUGCAAACAUCAGGGCCAGUUACAGUUUUGGUAUUUCAGUCACAGAUACAAUAUCAGGUUGGAAGGAACCUCAAGGAUCAUCUGGCCCAGCCUUUCUUGCCAAAAGCAGAGGCAAGGCAAGGUGGCCCUGCACCCUGUCCAGCUGAAUCUGGGAGAUCUAACAUUGCCUGGGGAGAUAAUUCCAAUGACUGAUGCAAUUGUGAAAAAUUUGUUUUGCCUUUCAUUCCUAUGGCUUGUGGAUACCCAAGUCAGGUUUCCAUUCUGUGAUGCUUGCUGGGCUCAUCACUGAUGCAAACAAAUGUUGGUAUUUCUAAGGAACAGCAGGAAUUCCAUGCACAGUUGUCUUUCCUACAGCUCUGUUGAUGUUUGAUCUGUCACACACACACAUACAUAAAGAAAAGCAUAUAUAUAAAUAUACAUAAAACAUCUAUGUAUGUAUGUAUACUCACACACAGAGGUACCAGGUUCUGGAGCCAAAGCUUUUUGAAAAGUUAACUGCUUGAACUAUUUAUUAAAUUCAGGACUUAAAAAAGGCAAGAUACCUUAAAAAGAAAAGAAAGCUUUGGUGAUGGCUGAGGAAAAUGCAGAGGUUAAAGGCCUUUACUAAUGGUUUGCAGUAGAUCACACUGCAGGACUGUGCAGUUUGCAGCCUUCUAGAAGACAAAAUCCCAAGGCAAACAGGCAAUCUAGCAAGAGCCCUUCAGUGCAGUAACCUCACAGAAAUGCAGUUUUAUGCUCUAGAUUUGAAGGCAUCAUUUUUCUCUGGACGAGCAGAGCUCUGCCUCAGUGGGACAGUGCCGGGGAUGGCUCUGUCCUGCUCACAAAAUAGCUCUGGAGUGAUUCAUCCUUUCCCCCCUUGAAUUCUUGCUUUGUCUUUCUCCCUCAGUCUGCUGGAUCCCGGAUUACACAGGCAGCUCCUGCUAACGUGGCAGAAGGGUGGGCAAAAGAGGCUGAAAAGGUGAAGUUUGUCUGUCGUGGUGCAGUGAGAGCCCUGGCAGAAGUGCAGCCAGGGAGCAGAGUGAGGCUGGGAAAGGGCUCAGUGUGGGCAGCCAGGGCCCAUGCCGUGUGUGCGAGGACUGCAAUGCUCACUGCUGUGUGCAGAGCUCUUGAAAUGCCUUCUUGGAAAGAAAGAGAAAUGUUUUGUAGGGCUUGGUGCUGCAAAGAGCAGGUUUAUUAAGUUUCUGCUGCUUGUUUUCCAGCCAGGAGGACAGAGGAGGGCUGGGGGUUCUCUGUGCACGCUCUGCUCCGUGUGGCUGGGCCCCUCUUGCUGAGCAAGCAAAUAGCUCAGAGCUGUGGGAGCACAAAAAGGGCUCUGCACAAAGGAUUGCUUCAUUAUAAACUCCCCUCUGCAGCUUGUACUUAGCAAAGUGUCAGAGCAGAGUGGAUGUUGUAAUGAAUCAGUUGCUAGCAUGAAAAUACAGUUAUUUCUUCUGCUUAAAUCAAAAAGAUGCUUUAGCAGAGUGCAUUUAGACUGUUCUCUUCAUCACAAAGCAUUAACUUUGCAUUUCAUACCAAGAAUUCCAAAGCCCCGAACUCUUAUCCCAGAACAGGUUUAAAUGCAAGAUUAUCUGCAAAGGAUGGUUAGCAUAAAUUAUAUUCUUCAAAGUUAAAUGCUAUAUAAAAGGAAAAGUUAAUCCUUGAAGCUAAUUUUUAUUCUGGGUAUUAAGUCAAGAAGGGUUCUUCUGAACAGAUUUUAUUCAUGUGUUUUUAUAGGUUGUCGACUAGAAUGUAUGUUUUUAAUAAAAAUGUGGUAUCUCUAACAAACUGUGUUUGUAAUCAGCCAGCAUCCACAUUUUUUCCUGAGUCCUUUUAAUCCAGGAUUUAACUGCUGAGAGACCCUGGAUGUUUCAUUUCAGCCAUUUUGUUAUUUAUUUCACUACCAGUCUGACUCAAAAGAAUUUCCAUCUUUACCACAAUUGCUCAAGGACAGGAAAUGUCAAAGUCCUGAAACUGUGGCAACUGAAGUAAAUUCAGGUAUUUCAUAAUCCCUCAGCCCAGAAAUGUACCCUUCUGCCCCUGGAAAGGAAGACUGUCAGCCUUCCAAACAUGGAACUGCUUUCAGCCCUGGGAAGCUGCAAUACCGUAAGAGCUUUUAAACCCUUAUGUGGCUCUUGUUCCUGAGAAAGAAAUGCUUUGGGCUGGGUUUGUUUGUUUAUGUAUGAUUCUCCCCCAGAUUCACAUAAUGAACUGGCAACAAGUAAUAAGGAUUACCAUCCUUAGAAGUAAAAUUAUUAAAGUGGUAAUUCCUGUAGCAUGCAAGAAUUUGUAAGCAUGAAGGUCUGUACAAAAUUGAGUAUUCCUUACUUGUCAUUACAUCUCUGGCUUCAGGUUUGUGGGAGUUUCCCUCUCCUGCAGGAGACAAAAUCCAUUUCCUGCUCUAAACUGCAAGUGGAACCCAAGCACAUCCUUGCUGUGCAGGUGCUGCCCUCCCUCCCUGCAGUUUCUGUGCAGGGGACAGCAGUGAUGUGGUGGCACUGACCUGGGGCGUGGGGGUUUCACACCCCCUGUCCCUUGUGCUGCUGAAAUAGUGAUUCCCUCAGCUCAGCUGGCCCUGUGCCAGGGCUGCUGUGCCACUUCCAGCUCUAAAUUACAAAAGCCAUCAUUUGCACUCAGUGUUUUCAUCCCACUGCACAGGCCCUAUGACAAUGCUUCCAAGCAACAGCUCUUGAGGGCUGUCCAGCACCUCCACACUCGGGUACCUGCACUCAGUGGCUCUAAGAGGAUUUUUGGUUUGUUUUUAUCCUUCAAACUGCUUUGCAGACAUUUUUCUAUGGACCUGCCCACCCUGGCAUAAGAAGGACUUUGUGUGAACAGGUCCAGGUGAGUCAGAGCCGACUCCUUCCCCUCACCCAGCUGCAGAAGAAUCCAGCUGGGAACAGCUGGGCUGUGCUGGACUGCCUUCAUGAGUUUGAAGUGCAAAUAAUUUGUUAAGACACCUCUAGGACAGGAGGUAAAUACAUCUACAUCUUACAGAUGGUAGAAAUAAAACACAGAUCUGGUUCCACAAUUAGCUAGAAUUCAGGUUAUACAUUAUUUUGCAUUAAAUUUAGAUAAAUUCUUCUUUAAAAUUUGAAAUCACCCAGAACAGUAUUGUAUCUAAAAACUUGAAAAAUAAUUUAUUUGUUAUAUUUACACAUUGGUCUUUAAGCUAAAAUUUGUACUUUUUUUAGAAUGGUCCUAUGUCAUCAGCUCCAGUUUUAGCCCUUCACACCUUUUUGCUAUUUAACAAGUAUUUUAAUAAAAGUAUUUUCUUCCCUUAGCCCAGUCAGAAUCAGUGUUAGAAGUUCAGCUGCUCAGGUGUCAGCUGCCUAGGAAAGCAUUCAGCUCAGUAAACCAUCACUUCCUACUUUUAAAUCUUUCUUAUCAAUUCUUGUAAUAAAUAAAGAUUAAUACCACCAUGACAACACUGUUUUUUUCAAAUUGUUCAUUUGCCAGUUUUAACAAGAUAAAGAAAUGAAUACUUAAUGUGGACAUUGUUUUACCAAAAAAAAAAAAAAAAAAAAAAAAAGAACCC